GCGGGCAUCCGAACGGGGGGCGGUGCCGGCAGGGGACCCCGCGAGGAACGGCCGUCGCCGGGCAGGUCAGAGGACCCUCCAUCACCAGAGCGAGGACCUGGACACCGUCAUCUUAGUCAAUCCUGACGAGUGGAGCGCUGUGUCAGAGGUCCGUUCUUUGAUAUGUGGCCCUUCUGCCCACAAGCUGCUAGUCCUGUGUGGGCAAAUCUCUGACCAGGGAGGUGAUUUGAUUCUGCAGACUGGGACUUUCACCUACCAGAAACUCACCGGCAUAUUUGCAGAUCCAGAGGUCACCCAGCUUCUCAGUAAUACCAAUCCAGCUUCUAAAACCUCCCUCACCAUAUCGUGCUUGGGAGAAGGAGAUUGGAGAAAUCUUCGACACUCCAGUUUCCAAGACCUUUUUUGCCUGAGAGUUAAUCCUGAUUCAGUCCUGCCUGAGAUGGAUGGGAUAUCUGAAUUUGCUGAAUAUGUCUCUGAGACAGUGGAUGUCCCAUCCCCCUUUGAUCUUCUGGAACCCCCAAACUCGGGGGGGUUUCUAAAGCUCUCCAAGCCCUGCUGCUACAUAUUCCCAGGAGGAAGGGGGGACUCUGCUCUCUUUGCUGUCAAUGGAUUCAACAUUCUGGUUGAUGGUGGCUCAGACAGGAAGUCCUGUUUCUGGAAACUGGUCCGACAUCUGGAUAGGAUUGACUCAAUUCUCCUGACCCAUAUUGGAGCUGACAAUCUCCCUGGUAUUAAUGGACUCUUGCAGAGGAAGAUUGCUGAGCAGGAAGAAGAGCAGUCACAGGGAUCCACUAACUACAGUGACUGGAUAAAAAACCUUCUGUCCCCAGAGCUUGGGGUGGUUUUCUUCAAUGUUCCUGAGAAGCUUCGAAUGCCAGAGUCAUCCAUGAAAGUCAAAAGAAGCAUUGCAGAAGCCAGCCUGACCCUGCAGUACCUCAACAGGCUAAGCAUCAAGCCAGAGCCUCUCUACAGAGUGGUCACCAAUACUGUUGAGCCAAUCACUCUGUUCCACAAAAUGGGUGUUGGGAAAUUGGACAUGUACAUCUUGAACCCCGUCAAAGAGAGCAAGGAGAUGCAGUUUCUCAUGCAGAAGUGGACUGGAAACAGUAAAGCCAAGACAGGCAUUAUCCUUAGCAAUGGGAAAGAAGGGGAGAUUUCAGUUCCCUAUCUAACAUCCAUCACAGCCCUUGUAGUGUGGCUUCCUGCAGGACCAACAGAAAAAAUUAUACGAGUUUUGUUUCCAGGAAAUGCACCACAAAAUAAGAUUUUGGAAGGUCUUGAGAAACUCAAGCAUCUUGAUUUUCUGAAGUAUCCUGUAGCUACCCAGAAAGAUAUGGCUUCUGUCACACCCUCUUCUGUGCUUAAACAGUCCAAGAUUAAACAACGGACAGACAGUAAAGAGAGCCUCAAAUUAUCCCUUAAGCCGCCUACAACAAAGAUAGUUACUGAAGAGGGCUCUAAAGAGAUGAAGAUGGAGACAGUAAAAGAGGCUAAAACUGAGAGAAAGGGAAAAGAGCAUUCUGAAAUGCUUCAAGAGAAAUUGGUUAAAACAGAGAAAGUAAAAAUUGACUCCAGCGAUGCCCUUAAAGCUGAGAAAAGAAAACUUGCCAAAGACAAAGUUGGCAAAAAACAUCUGAAAGAGAAAGUUUCUAAACUGGAAGAAAAGAGAGACAAAGAAAAGAAAGAUGUUAAAAAGGAGAAGAGGGAGAUUAAAAAAGAUGAUGGGAAAAAAGAAGAAAGGAAAGAUUCAAGGAAAGAUGAAAAAAAGAAAGAAGCUAAAUCAGAGUUAAAAAAAAUUUCUAAGCCAGACUUGAAGGCAUUUACCCCUGAAGUAAGGAAGACUUUAUACAAGGCAAAAGUUCCCAGUAGAAUUAAAACUGAUAAAGUUCGUACUAAAAGUGAAAAGUGCACCAGUGGAGAACAGAAGCCUCCAGCUGUUCCAAAAAACCAGCAGCAGCCUCAAGGCCCACCAUUUAUAGCUGAGGAGAGGCUUGUGAUAUCUUCCCCAGAGGACCUGACCAAGGAUUUUGAGGAGCUAAGUUGUGAAGAGCCAAAAGAACCUCAUCCUGCCUCUGCUCCUUUAGUGGCAGAGGCAGUCUCCAAGCAUACGGAAAGGCAGGAUCCCUGUGACCUAGCUGCUGAAAAGGGGGUGCUGAUAUCCAAAGGGACCAGUAGUUCAGGAUUUCCUUCUCUGGCCAUGCCAGGGGAGGAGAUGGUUUUCCCAGAAGGUGAGGUGGUGGAAGCAGGCAAAUCAUCUGAAAAACCCAAUGAAAAAGCAACCCUAGCAGAGCCUCUUGGGCAAGAACUGGAUGAGAACAUGAGAAGGAGUGUUGGAGAAUUUCCAGGAAAAGGGAAAGAUCAGAUACUAUCACAUAGGGAAGAAAAAACUGCUGCUUCAGGAAGGGAUUGGGUGUCCGCAAGAGAAGACGCAAGCUUGAAAAAGAAAGAUGUGUUUAAAAAGGCAGAGCUGGAAUGGACAUUAGAAGAUGAUGUAAAGGCAAAAGAUGAAGAGUUAGUAAAGAAAGAGCUUUCUCAAGUUCAGCUGCCUCAAGACCCAUCUUUGCUUUCUGAUGGGAAAAGAAAAGAACACAAGACAGAAAGAGUGAACUCAAGCAAAGUACCUGGGAAGUCACCAGGGAUAAGGGAAAGGGAGGACUCUCAUUUGGGAGGCACGCCUUUCCCAUCAGGAGAACAUAUUUCCUACAUCCAAGACGAAACCAUCCCCGGCUACUCAGAGACAGAACAGACCAUCUCGGAUGAGGAGAUCCAUGAUGAGCAAGAGGAGAAGAUGGCACACUUCAAGCCAGACAUUGGCAGUUAUGACAUUGCAGGAUCAGAUCAGACAGACACCUUUGAAGUUGCCAAUGGGAUCCAGACUCUUACAGCACCUGAAGUUGCCAAAGGACAGGAACCUGAAAUCCUUGCCUAUCCUACAAAUCUUGUGGCAGCCCCUUUGGCAGAAGAGGAGCAUGUCUCUUCAGCAACAUCCAUUACAGAAUGUGACAAACUUUCCUCCUUUGCCACUUCUGUCGCUGAAGACCAAUCAGUUGCAUCAAUCACAGCGCCACAGACAGAAGAAACAGGCAAAAGUUCUUUCCUGUUGGAUACAGUGAACAGCAUACCUUCCUCUCGAACAGAGGUCACCCAAGGCCUAGAUUACGUACCUUCUGCUGGUACUAUUUCUCCCACAUCUUCCCUAGAAGAGGACAAAGGCUUUAAGUCUCCUCCUCCAGAAGACUUCCAUAGUCAAAUCGAAAAUGAGCAGAAACUUGAAGCCUGCAAGAAAGUUUUACAGCAGCAGCAGCAAGAAAUCCCACACUUUGAGAGGCCUUGGCAAGCAGAAGAACAUUAUGAUGCCCUAGUGUUUUUACAACAAGGGCCCCUGAGAGAUAGUUCCGGUGAUAUAUCUAUGGAAGGACCUCAAGAAACAACCCUGCUUUUGAGCGAAGCAAAUGCACACUUGCUGCAUGUACAACAAGGCUCUGGCGAUUCUGAAGAUCGCUGCAUAAGCCCUGAUGAUAGCACAGUCAAGAUGGCAUCUCCCACUAGUGCAGGGCACACACCUUUUCAUCAAUCCCCUAUAGAGGAAAAAAUGGACUCCACAGAAGCAGAGAUGUUUGAAAAGGCAGCAAAAUCUCCUAUAAUGGGGAUUGAAGUAGAAAGACCCAACAGAGCAAUGAAUGUAUCCAGAACAUUUGAAGGCAAGGGGAAGCAUCAUGAAAUCAAGGAGAUGUGCCUUCAUGACAUGCAUGGCCUGGAAGCAGCAGCCAUCCUGUGUGCAGGAUUUUUAUCUGCACCGAAUGAAGUCAGGAGCCAGCAUUUGGAGAAAGAGGAGCUAGCAAUAAGCUUCUACCACAAACAAGAAACUAUUGAUAUUUCUGACCUGGAGCUUCCCACUAAAGAUACCCUUCUAGAGACCUUAAAAGAUGCAUCAUCUAAAAAUAUUGGCACUGCCAAGGAAGCAUCCCAUGAACAUAUUGUUAGGCCUGGGACUGAAGAGUUCUCUGCUUCAGAAAUACCACCACCAAAAGGAUGGGAAGCAAUUUCAGACAUAUCUAGAGAUGAAAAAUCUUCACAAAUCAUUAAUUUACCAGGGGAAGAAAAGGCAUCUUCUUUUACAGAUGAAAUCCCUGGGAAGACAUCAUAUUCUGAUAAUUUUAUCACUGAAAUAUUUCAAGUGGGUUUGCAUUUGACAGAAACUGGCUUAGAGCAAAAAGAGUCUGCUUCUUCAGAAGAUAGUAAAUUUGUUUUGAGUCUUCAUGAAGAAACCCCUUCAUAUUUAUUCAAAGAAGAAAUUUCUCCAAGGGAUGCUACACUUCUGCUUAUGAAAGAGAGCCCUACUAAAGAAACAUCAUUGGGCAUGCUUGUGGAACAAGUGUCUCCUAAAACUAAACACCAAGCUUCAGCAGAAGAGAGUCCAAGUACAGAUGAAAGAUCAGAAACUGAUAUAAAAGAGAAUCCAUGCAGUUCCUCUUUAAAUUUUCAGCAAAGUCCAUUUCUAGAUGCCACCAUAAUAAAGCCUUCAGCAGACCCUUUUCUGGAAAAUGAAAGAUCAGCUUCUUUAACAGAAAAACAAACUUGCAAGGAACUGUCUCCCAAACAAACAUCUCCAGAAUCUAAGUCCUCAAGCUUCACAUCAGUGAGCCCAGUUUUAGAUAGCAGUGCCUUGGAAGUUUCAUCUGGAGAGAAAGAGCCUUGUCAAUUUAUAGGAAAGAAAGAGAAAACAAAUGAUCUAUCUCCAAAAAUAGAAAAUCCUUAUAUGAGAGAAAUAAAUUACGAGAAGAAAGUGUGGUUUCCAGAGGUAAUGAACGAAGUACCAUGCAAAGAACAGCAAAUGAAAUAUGACAAAGAAAAGGGAGAGUCUACAUUUUUGGAUGACAAGGUAGACAUAUCUACUAAGAAGGAAGAAAACAUUCGCUCUCUGGAGAGUGAAGACAUUCCCAAACAGGAUAGUUUGGAUGCUGAACAUGGCUCCUUUCAGGGAGACCCUGCCAACGAGAAGGAUGGCUUUUUAUUUGUAGAUGACAAGCCUACGUUUAAAGAAAAGCCAGCUCCCCAAGCACAUCCCAAUCAAGAUAUUUUGAAUUCAGAGAAAGUUGACCUUUGUAGUUUUGAAAAUAGUCCCUCUUUUGAACUUGAAAAUAAGCCAAAAUCAAGUCUGGAAUGGACUUUUUUGUCCUUUCCACACCAGGCUAAGAUGCCCAUUUCAGGGCAAGGAGAAGAAGAAGAACCUCUCCCUCAAUCUAAUCAAGUAAUGGAGAAAGUGACCUCACACCCAUCUUUUGAACCCAUGAGUGAAGCUAUGGAGUCCCAGGAAGGAAAGCAAAAUGCUGAUGAGAAAUCACCUGAUCACGCAGAUGCCAGUAGAAAGCAGCCAAGAACUUCUGCAACUCUUCUGAAUGCAGGGCCAGGGUCAGAGGAGAAUAGACAGUUUUAUCCUGACCAAGAUUGCAGAGGAAGCAGAGAUCUUGACAUCCCUUCACAAGACACACACUCCUUUGGCCAAAGCAAAUGCUCUAUGUGGUCAGGUGCUCUGGACCCCUCCGGUUCUUUGGAGUCGCACGAUUCCAAUGCGAAGGCAGGUGAGAAAGGGCAAGAGAAUGAAGAGAGGGAACCAACUCCCUACCCUCAUGAAAAAACUUUCCAGUAUGCUGAUGUCUAUAGGAGUGUGAUGAUGUCAGAUGUUGGCCGUCCUGGAAAGGAUGCAGUGACCAAGAGUACUCAAGCCUUGAGCCCUCAGAAGGAGGAGUUCCUCUACCCCAUUUCCUCCAAAGAAGAAGAUUCUUACCUCUCCACUCCUACUGAGAAAGAACUCUCAUCCCCAAGUUCGCCAAAGGUUACAAUGGAGCAUUCCUUUAAGUAUGCGGAGGUUACUGAGCAGUGUUUUCAGGAUCCACAUUCCAUGAUAUCCACAGACACACAAUCUAAAGAAAGCCCACCAGAAAGCCCAAUGAACCUCCAACCUGCCUCCUCUUUGGGAGAUACAACCUUCAGGGACAUGUUUAAACAGAAAGAUCUAAUCAUUUCCCCUGAAAAGAUGAGCCCUUCAGAUAGAAAACCCAGUAAGGAGCAGGAGUCCUCAAUGGGUUUUCAUGCCAAAGAUAUUUAUUAUGAGAAAGCUGAAAGAGAAGAUAGCGCUAGUGACUCAGAGCUGGAGAAAGGUGCCAAGGAGAGGUCAGAAAAAGAAUCAGGGUCUCCAAUGGUAAAGCACAAAGAACUCUAUACUGUGUCAGAGAAGGGUAACAUCUCUGUCCCAGGACAAGAAAUCUAUGAUGGGUCAUUGGGAGAGGGAAGUCACUCCAAGAAAACAGCCAGUGGCAGCCUUGCAGAUCUCAGCAGACAGGAAGGGGGCUCAAAUAUGUCCCAGGUGGCCAUCGAACAAUACUCCAAGGAGGAAGAGCAAAAGAGCCUCUUAGAAAAAGCCUGGGAUGAUGUUGACCCCAAAAGCUUUUCACCUGCAGCCUCUGCUAAAGACAAGGACUCCCCAAAGGGACCCGUCCUCCUUCCUAAAGGACUUGAUUGUUCUUCCUCUGGAUUUGAACUUUCCUGUCUGGAAAAGCAUGAGCCAUCCAUUUUGUUCAGACAUGAAGCCCGUUUCUCCUCACACUUGGAACAUAAAUCUCUCAUCUUAAACAUGCCUGAACCUGCUUCUUCAGGGAAAGCCCAAGAAGAUGAAUACUUAGAGGUAUCAAAAAAGGGGGAUUCCCCCUUUGUAGAGCUAUAUGAAGAAGAAGGAAAGCUCCCUUUGUGGACAUCUCCAGAGUAUUCAAUUCACAAACAGUCAUCCAGCCCCACUGAGGAACCUUUCUCAGGGACCUCUCUCUCUGCAGGGCAGCCAACAGGUGGCAGCCCCUUCCCCAACCUCCAAUACAUCUCGGAGGCCCAGAGCCCACACAUCACCUCUCCACUGCUUUCAGAAGAGGCUGCUUUAGAUGCGGUAGAGGAUGUGGCCUCUGCCAGCACAAAGGCCAGGCAGCCAUCAAAAGCCACUUGCACAGUUGGCUGUUGUCCACAGCCAGCAAGCCCCCAAGAAUGGCCAGCAGCCGCCACUCCCCUUCCUAAUGCCCUGGCCACUUCUCUUCAUGAUCAGCAGGAGGCAGGAGCGACAGUUAAUGGCCCCACAGAAGUCAGCCUCAGUCCACUCACUUUCUAUGAUUCAUCACCCAUUUCAGAAAAAUCUAGGUGGGUAGUGGAGGAGCAGGAGGAGGUUAGUGCAAGGCAGAGCCGUCCCCUGUCCCUGUUGAGCCCUUCCCAGGAGGACUUCCCAAAUCCUCGGUUGAGCAGCCAAAGAGAGGAGCACGGGGAGACUUGCCAAGCAGUAGAACCAGGCUUCAAAGCCAUAUCUAACUGUGGCCAGAAAGCAUAUGAGCGUAAACAAAGAAAGGGUGAAUUAUCUCCAUCAUUCAUCAACCCAAGCCCUCACGAUUCAUCAGAAGACAGUGAGUUUUCACAGGUUAAAGGGCUUAUUUCAGUAAAAGGAAAGCCACAUUCAGUUCCUGGUGGCCAUAGACCAACUACUUCUGCUCUGGAAGAAACUCCUCCCACCUCUGCCAGUGAUUCAGGGACUUCUCAGUCAGACUCAGAUGUUCCUCCUGAAACAGAGGAAUGCCCCUCAAUUACAGCUGAGGCAGCCCUGGAUUCAGAUGAAGAUACUGAUUAUCUCCCAGUAGACAAAGCUGCAGGCAGUUCCCAGCAUGGCACAAAGUAUGGCCAGGACCCACAACCUGCUUCCUUGCCAGACCCUCAGCCUCAGACUCCACAUCCAGAUGUCUGCAUGAUGGAUCCUGAAAUGUUGCUGAUUGAGCAGAACAUGAACAGACUUGACAAGAUAUCCAAGAAGGGCAUGAAGGAGAAAAAUAAAGCAUUGAAGAAGCUACUGGGCAAGUCCAAGUCCUCCGCCCCAUACCAAAAAGCUGAUAAAUCAUUACUUAGUCCCAUGAAGCAACCAUCUGACAGGUCUUCAAAACCAGGGAUAGCCAAGAAAGAGAAAUUGCUCAAGCCACCCAUGGAAGACCGAGAGGAGGGUUCUCGAAGCGCCCACACCAGCCCUGGCAAGAGCCUCAUCAAUGGUGUCAAAGCUGGCCCAGUUUCCAGCAGCCCCAAAAGCUCCUCCACAUCACCUGGACCACCUGUCUACAUGGACUUGGCUUACAUCCCCAACCAUUGCAGUGGGAAAAACGCAGACCAAGAGUUCUUCAGGAGAGUCCGAGCUUCUUACUAUGUUGUCAGUGGGAAUGACUCCAGUAGUGGGGAGCCAAGUCGUGCUGUCCUGGAUGCCUUGUUGGAGGGAAAAGCCCAGUGGGGGGAGAAUCUCCAGGUAGGUGCCUGGCUGGCCUCCCUUUUUUCAGGAUUGGUGGUGGCCAGAAUUUCAGUGCAGUCCACAACCUUUUCACACGUGGUCCAUAUCUAUUGUUUCCAGGUAACCCUAAUCCCAACCCACGACACAGAAGUGACACGGGAAUGGUACCAGCAGACACAUGAGAAACAGCAGGAGCUGAAGAUCAUGGUCUUGGCCAGCAGCAGUACUGUGGUGAUGCAGGAUGAGUCUUUCCCUGCAUGCAAGAUAGAGUUCUGAGGUCUGAGCUUCCCCUCCUUUCCUUCCCCUCCCACGCAGCACUUGGAAGACCCAUCUGCUCCCCACUGCUUGAUUUGUUGCCUUUCCUGAGCGUCAGCUGAACUCAGCAAGAGCAGCACUCCAUCCGUGUGUGGUUCUUGCUUGCCAGAGCCCCCGAGACCUGUCCCACAUGCCUGGAGACGUGUGCAGAGUGGCCCCACCACUUCUUUGCUCUCCCUGGAAUUGCUACCAAGGAGUUCAUCUCCCUUGAUUUGGUUUGUCUGCCCCAUCUGCCCUGUUCCUUCUCAUCCCAUGGCUGAACUCCCUCCUGCUGGAUUCGUGGAUCUGGCUCUUGGACAAUCCUAGGAGGGAAUGUUGGGGACCCCACUGGAAGAAGACAAAGGCCUGAUGGAGAAGGCAAGGCUCUUGCCCUCUAGAGCAAGCCAAGCAAGGAGGUGGCCACAAGGCCCUACUUUCUGGGGAAGCUGAACCGAAGAGACGGUCUCAAGAGAACAGACAUAAAGUGGCAAAUGCUACUUUGGCAACUCAGGCCCUUCAGAGAGAUGGCACAACCCAUCUUCCCCUCUGUGGCACAAUAAUUUGAAUGGGGGAGGUUCCUGUGAUGAUCUGUGCCCAGGCUGCCCUUUUGCCCUUGUCCAAGGGCCUGAGGCUGGGAUGGCGUCUGCCACUCCACCCACAGCUCUCAUCCUCUCAAAGGCCCAGCUGAAAGCAAAAUCUUUCGCUUUCUGUGACGAGGGCUUUCUGGAUCAGCACAUCCAUGCAAAGCUGUCUGUGCCUGGGAUGGGUGGGCGGUUGAGGCAGCAGCAUUGGGAACUGUCUGGUGCAGUGCUGAGCAGGUUGCAAGAAAGCCUCCCUUUGUCCUCUGCCGGUAUAGAUCAGCUUGGAAGAACCAGAUGAUACCUGGCACUCUUCAAAGGAGAGGGCAGCCGAGGAGAAAUAGAGCAGUGGUAUUUUUUUUCCAGUUAUUGUUUAAUUUAUUAAUUUUUAAUGACAUGUAUUUUUUCAUGUACAGGUAUAGUUGUUUUGCAUUUGUGUUUAAAAUGUUUUGACUUUUAUUGUAGGCUCUUAACUCCCAGGUCACAGGGUACUCACGUUUCUAAAUGCUGCAAACUGACAGAGGAUGAAGAAUUAUCCCUCCCCCCAUCACAUUUGAAUUCUUUGGUCUGCAGGAGCCCAGAUCAGCCUUGGGACAUCUGGUUCUGGAUGAGGGGAAAUGCAUGCCAACCUUUGUGGUUCUCAUGGCUUGAAUUGCUGCCCUUCUGACUGGUGUUUAGCUAGCAGACCAAGUGUAUGUCUGUAGUUAGACAAGUGAAUGUUCUGACCCACUGAUGAAUGUGUCUUAGAAGCUGAAGCUAAGGGGUGGGGAGACAAAGAACUGUUCCUUCCUCUUAGGCAGUAGAAGGUCUCUGACCCAUCUGCUCCUCCUCUUCUUCCUCCUCACACAGCCCUGCCUGAGAGUCACUCCAAUAUUUUGUAAUUUUGAAGCAAGCUUCAGCAGUCUCUCCUUACCCAUUUUACGGCAAAAUUUAUAAAAAUGAUUGCUCAUCCUUAGCCAUGAGAACCAAUUUGACCUUUGGCAGCCCAAGGAGAAAAAUACUGCUUCUGCUGUUCCUGCAUGUGGCAAUUAGUACCCGAGUACUCCUGUUCCUCUGACUCACUUGGCCUCGGGGCAAAGAAAGAGAAGCCACACAUCUGCUGAGUGUGGUGGAAGUCUCACCUAAACAGCACAGUUCUCCUCUGGCCCUUUGGCUCCCCGUUAGGUCUGUCCCCCUCUAACAUCUCGCCUGCCUUCAUUUCUGUGUGCAAUACGCUGUAAUGCUAAUAUCCGCAAAGGAAUGGGUCUGCGCUGACCAAUAAAGCAACAUUAACCACAUGAUCUGUGUGAGGCUCUCCCUCCGGCGCGCUGGUGAUCGCAAGGCCAAGAGAACCAUUUUGGCUCAGGAAGGCCCAGUUCCUCUCGAUUGAAGGCACCUGGCCACAAGAAUGGCCACAGAGUGGCCCUGUGACCCCUGCCUCAAUCCAGCCACAGCUGCGCACAUUAAGAAUUAGGAACAUGAGUUCCCGAACGGGCUGUGCCCUAACAAACCACAGCACAGUGGAAUAGCUUGAUGUUGUACGUAAGAUGCUCUGAGUCAAUGGCUGGGUCCCCAUGACGGGGUGCUGGAGGAGAAAGCAGCACAGAAGGAGUGGCUGUGCUAUAGGUCUCUCUUCUUUGGCACUGUGAGUCUGGCUGGGAAAGGGGAACUAGGGCUCACCAAGCCCCCUCCCCCCCAGCCUUCAGGUGGAGGGGGAUUUCCAGCUUCCUUUUUGCUUCUUUGUUCUCUCCCCCUCCCUCCAGCUGCUGGCAAUGUAAUAGCUGUAACACUUUCUUUUAGAGAUUGCAUAGAUCUCCCCCUCAGUCCCCCAAAUACCCUGGAGAACUCCUAUUGGGCUGAAGAAAGGAGCAGAGAGAAAUUGCCACUCUUUAUGGGCAGAGAUUCCCACAGGUUUUGGGGUCAAGGAGGAUAUCGGAGGGAUCUGAUUUGGGAGCAAGUUUGGGGGAAGUGAGAGAGGCCUUAAACAGGACAACUAAAACAACAGGCAGCGAGUGAAGGCUAGUCAGCCAGCAUGAAGAAGGAAGGCACUUCAAGAUGACAAGCAUCUGCGCUCGAUUCCUGGACCUGGCCACACCUGGAAGGCUGAGCCCUUCCUCAGGCUUCAUAGAGUUUGCAUUCCCCACAUCAGGCCCCCAGACCAGCAUGGGGAAUGACCCCUCAAACGUUGCCACACAAUUUAGAGGUGCUGGGCUGCUUCCAUUUGAGUAGCACAUAAGCCUGCAAAGUGAAGUAAAUGAAGCUGAGAUUAUCCUGGCAACGUCCCAGGCAUCCGGAACCGACAUGGCCAGAUAGCUGGCCCAGCCCUAUUUUUGAUCCAGAGUCUGGCAACUGGAACUGUCCUCUGAUCCUGGAGGGCUUGGUGGGCCUUGGAAGCCAUUUCCCUGUGAAGAGAGUUCUCCUCGCUUCACAGCACUGGCACUUCUCUGCGGUUGGUGCUGUUCCCCCUCCCUGGUCUUCCCAGGACCCGGGAUCUGAGCUGUGAGCAGGACUGUAGCUAGUUCAGCCACGCACCCACCUCUGCCUCUCGGCUGGCCUCAGGAAGCCGCCCUCCUCUGCGCUCUGGACUCAGGCACAGUAUGGUAGCAAUUGGGGUGAGGGUGGGCGGGUGGGAGAAUCAGCCAGAAGUGCUGAUGGGGAAAACUGAAAUGGGCAGCAAAAGAUACCUCCAGCGUGGUGCAGCUGUGGUAUGCAACAGCUCUGAGUCAUCACAGUGUUUAGAAGGAUUUCUUUUGCCUUUAUUGUACGUUAUCUGCCCACUCUACAUUCCACCUCCAGUUGCACAAACUCCCUGACAGGGCACACUUUUAUUCCAGCUGCCUGUUUCCACCCUUUGUGUAACUCAAUCAGAGAUUUCAGCACACCACCUUUCCUAGGAAGCCCCCCACUCCACCCUGGGGGUCUUGGCAGUUUAACUGUCAUUUCAACAUCCAGGAGUCUGUUUGUCCACAGAGCCUCUCGCUUGAACUCCCUCCAGCCGGUGCAACCAAACUGCCCUCCACCCUUCAUUCUUCCCCCUCCUGCUGCCUUAGCUCCUUCAGCAAGAAAAGGACAGCUAGAAAGCUCUCCCCACAUCUGCCAGACCAGGGGAAAGGGGGAGCAGCAUCUGCCCACAGGAAACUGUCUUGCCUUGCAGCUGUGGCAAGAAUGCCGCCAGAGGGUUCUCCAGCUUGAGAUAACACCCACAAGCAUCUCUCCAAUCUGCGGUCCCUCCUGGCCUGCGAAGGGCCCUGGGCUCCCUCCAGAGAGGUGCUGCCACACAGUUGCUGCAGCUCAAACAUGGAAUGUUAUAGCAAUCCACUUUUAACUCGUUUCGUCUGCCUCUUUCUUAGAUGCAAAUGAUCUACUGAAAAAGCACUGCCAGAAUGACCACACCAGGCUUUGGAGAAGCAGCCUGUCUGGAACCAUUUCAAGCCAUUGCCAAGAACGUGAGAUGUGAUUCUCCAUUCAGAUUGAAGCUGCUUUGCCUUCCUCCAGGCUGGAGGCCCUGGAAUGAGUUGGCUGGCUCUUCCUGUACCCACCUGCCUCCCAGCUGCUUCCUUUUCCCAGAAGGACCAAUUUGUUCUCCUCCUCUGCAGAGCAUCUUUGGAGAAUGUGGGAAAGCUGCUUGAAGGCCAACAGCCAUAGGUCUCUGAACCCCUCCUUGUAAGCAUCCUCAGAAGCACCCCUAAAUUUCAUUGGGGACUUCUUCUCCUGUUGUGGCACAUCUGUAGGGGGUCAGAUUCCGAAGCCCAUCUUCUGUGGUUCUCAUGAACAAAUCCAGGCAAAUAUGAUGUGGCAUCAACCAUGCCUCCCCCUCCUUUGACUGGAGAUUUGUAGAAAUCAGACAGCCUUUUGGCCAGUCCUUGGCCAAACCUUGCUCCUUAACAUCCUCACCUCCCCUGGCUUUCCAGGCCUCCUCAAACUCCUUCACAACAAACUGCUCCUGCCCAGGGAGGCUCUACUCUUCGGCCCCUUUUCCACAUCCCUCUCCGGCCUCCCCAGAGGCUAAUGAGGCUCUACGUCUCAGUCCAGCAGAGA